GAGAGAGAGAGCGAGAGAGAGAGAGAGAGAGAGAGAGAGACGGGGAGGUCUCGCAUUCUCGCGCUGCCGCUGCAACUCUGGGCUCCCGGGACCGGCGGCACCGAACAUGGAAUCUCUUUUCUGAAAUCCAACUUUAGAGAAAACUUCUGUGGAGUUUGUGCUGACUGAGUCCGAAGCGGAGAAUAAUAUUCACAAGAGGAGAGUUUAGCGCUCCUAUCUGCUUCUGCAUCUGUGUGUGUGUGUGUGUGUGUGUGUGUGAGGAGAAAGAGGGGCUUUAUUGGAAAUUCUCGAACCCCCAUCGGGACGCUCUCGGCUUUCAGCUCCGCUCGCGCAAGUUUUCCAGGGAAAAGUGGAGUUUGCUGGGAUCGGCGCGAGGCCACACAGACUGAUGAAGGCAGGAGCGAGGCUUCAAAGAGGUCUGUGGCUGUAGCGGGUGUGUUCGUCUCAAUGCCAGUGGAUAUGCAGGUGCAUCAGGGGCUGUACCACUACAACAACACCGCCAUCCAGCCGAGCCGAGGGUACGAUCACUCACAUUACCCACAAUCCCUCACUAAAACACAUCUGAUUCAUAUCAGCCGUCCUCCACGUGAACACACAGGUAGAGCAAAAAACGACCAACAAACAAACAAAACCUGUUCAAACCCCUCCAUGACCCCAGGAGCCUGUAUGGACCCCUACAUGCGGCCGCCACACGCCCCGCCGCCGCACGGCAUGAUGGGACACCGCGGGAUGCCUCCGCCAGAGGGUGUCGGUGGCGCCCCCUACUGUAACCAGAGCAUGAUGACAUCUCAUCACAACCUCGCUCAUAACCAGCCGGGAUCUGAACACAUGGGAUCAGGAGACGCGUCUUGUUUCUCGACGCCUCGCUCCAUGCUGAAGCUGAGUAAGAAGCGCGCUCUGUCCAUCUCUCCGCUGUCUGACGCCAGCGUGGACCUGCAGACGGUCAUCCGCACCUCGCCCAACUCUCUGGUGGCGUUUGUGAACUCUCGCUGCGGGCCGAACGCUGCCAGCUCAUACGGGCAUCUGUCUGUGGGCACCAUGAGUCCGUCGUUGGGUUUCUCCGGCUCCAUGAACUACCCGUCCAGACCACAGAGCAACAUGUACGGCUCUCCGCUCUCUCAUCCCGUCCCAUCAUGCCACGGGGGGCCACACAACCCCAGACUUCACGCUCCGCACAAACACACACACGUGAGUCCCGUCGCUCUCUCACACAGCACACAGUGUCACUGGAUUUGCAUAACAAACAUCAAGAGCCUGGAGGAGCGCUCGGAGGGAGACGUGGCCAGUCCGUCCUCGACUGGAACACAGGAUCCUCUUCUGGGUUUACUGGGAGGGCAGAGAUGAUCUGGAUAAGGAGAGAAACCUGAACCAGAGGGCCAGUUUACGCAAAAGACCAACUGCCACUGGGAGAGCUGCAGCAAAGAGUUUGACACCCAGGAGCAACUCGUGCAUCACAUCAAUAACGAGCACAUCCACGGGGAGAAGAAGGAGUUUGUGUGUCACUGGCAGGACUGCUCUCGAGAGCAGCGGCCCUUUAAAGCCCAGUACAUGCUAGUGGUGCACAUGCGCAGACACACCGGAGAGAAACCUCACAAGUGCACUUUUGAAGGCUGUAAUAAAGCAUAUUCGCGUCUGGAGAACCUGAAGACUCAUCUGCGCUGCGCACACGGCCACACGCACACCGGCGAGAAACCCUAUGUGUGUGAACACGAGGGCUGCAACAAGGCUUUCUCCAAUGCGUCAGACCGCGCAAAGCACCAGAACCGAACACACUCCAACGAGAAACCAUACGUUUGUAAGAUCCCCGGCUGUACGAAGCGCUACACCGACCCGAGCUCUCUGAGGAAGCACGUGAAGACGGUGCACGGACCCGAGGCUCAUAUCACUAAAAAGCACCGCGGAGACACUGGACCACGUCCUCCAGGUCUGACCAAUGCAGGUCAGAGCUCUGAACUUCUGAUAGAAAAAGAGGAGAGAAGCAGAGAGGACUGCAAAUUGCUCGCUCCAGAAACCACACUGAAAUCCCAGCCAAGUCCUGGCGGCCAGUCAUCCUGUAGUAGCGAACGUUCUCCUCUGGGGAGCGCCAACAACAAUGACAGCGGAGUGGAGAUGAACCUCAAUGCGGCGGGGAGUCUGGAGGACCUGACCACACAGGAGGAGAGCGGGAACACUGGCGUGUCCGAGUCGGGCGGAGGCUCGGGGGGAAUGUGCAUGUCCGUUCAGGCCUUGAAGAGGUUGGAGAACCUGAAGAUCGACAAACUGAAGCAGAUUCGCCGGCCAACACCACCUGGGCGGAGCGCAGGGAAUAAACUGCCGGCUCUCUCAGCAACAGGAGAGAAGAUGGGCAUGUGUGCACCUCCACCCUUGCUCUCCAACCGGCGUGUAAUGGAGCUUUCUGCCCCGGAUCUGGGUGGAGUUAGUGGAAUGGGAAUGCCUUGCCCACCGAACGACCGACGGGGCAGCGGCACCAGCAGCCUCAGCUCUGCCUACACAGUGAGCCGCCGUUCAUCCAUGGUCUCGCCCUACCUAUCAAGCAGACGCUCAAGUGACGUGUCCCAAGUGGGUCACUGCCAGUCCGUGAUGGGGGCUGAUGUGCCUGGCGACCCACUAUCUCCUCAGAACAGCCAGAGGGGCGGAUCAUGCCAGAACCCCGGGGGAUUGCCAGGUCUACCGAGUCUGACUCCUGCGCAGCAGUAUAGUCUGAAAGCUAAAUAUGCAGCAGCAACAGGCGGCCCGCCGCCAACCCCGCUACCCAACAUGGACCAACCUGGCACCCCUGGAAGAUUCCUGAGGGAAUGCCAUGGCCAACCUCUUCCUCCGUUUCUGCAGCAAGGCGGUACGAGGAGACACAGUGCUAAUGCCGAAUACGGCACGGGAGUGAUUUAUCCGCAUCAAGCACCUGGCAACAACAUGAGGCGUGCCAGCGAUCCAGUACGCUCGGCUGCCGACCCACAGGGUUUACCCAAGGUGCAACGCUUUAAUAGCUUGAGCAACGUGUCCCUUAUGAGUCGCCGCAAUGCACUGCAGCAGUGCGGGUCUGAUGCCGCUCUCAGCAGGCACAUGUACUCACCUCGUCCACCGAGCAUCACUGAAAAUGUUAUGAUGGAGGCCAUGGCUAUGGAUCCUCAUGGGACCGCCGAAGGCAGAGAGCAGGGAAACAUGAUCCAAAUUGGAGACCGAGCAUACAUGGGCUACCAGCAUCCUCACCACCACCCUCACAAUGCAAGUCAGCUGUCUCCCGGACAAGAAGGUCUGAGCUGCAUGGAUCAAGUCUACCAGUCUCAAAUGCAAGGUCCGUACCAGGGCCAGCGCGAGGAGAUCUGUGCCACCGGGAUGAUGGGUCAGGGUGACAUUGCGAACAGUCUUCUACAGCAAGCUGAGUACGGCAUGAGCAACUGUCAGCUCAGCCCCUCCGGUCCACAUUAUCCCAGCCAUGCUGACGGAUCAGGACCCUGGGGACAGACCAACCAUCUCCACAGCCCUCAGACCGAUACGCAGUACCAGGGUGCAGGCAUGCAAGGACAGCACUACCCUCAACAGGGUGUAUACAACCCUACAUCUGACCCUGGCCAUCAAAGAGUUACUGUAAAACCAGAGCAGUUCCAUUCAUCCAUAGGAGGAACCAGUUCUUGCCAGAACACCAAACCUCUACCCCAGCAUCGGCAUAAUGUGAAUAUGCAGACGUAUCCAUCGCAGUCCCAAGGCCGGGGCCUCAUGAGCAGAUCCUCCAAUGUGAAUUGUGACUUCCUUCAAGGCCAGAUGGGAACGCAAGCCAGUCUUCCACAGCAGAGCCAGGCGGGAUCAUUCCCAAGCGGUGGAGGGAUAAAUCUUGCACUGGCGGAGACCCGUGGGUCGCAGACACCAAUGCAUCAAAUGAAGGAAAUGAUGGUGAGGAACUAUGUGCAGUCCCAGCAAGCGCUCCUGUGGGAACAGCAGCAGGAGCAAAGGGUAGUCGAUGGUCUCUCUGGGAAGCCCGAUGGCAUGGACAUGGGAGGACAAACGGCAAUGAUGCAGCAUAGCCCACAGCAUCAACAAGCUAACCAGAACCUUUAUUCUGGAAACUCCUACCAAGGCUACCCGAAUCAGAACUUGAUGAGCCCACCACAAAAUACAGUUCCCGGUUCCAUCAAGGAGCAUACCGCUGGGAUGCAGGGAUCCUGCUACGGGCCGGAUAUGGUGCCACGACCACCUCAGGGACGAAAGCCUCUAAGUCGCCAGAACAGCCUAUCCCAGCAGACAGGUGGAGCUUACCUGGGCAGCCCGACUCACCUGAGCCCAGUCCACUCCACUGCCAGUCCCAGAAGAGCAGUGCGGCUCCCGCCAGUUCAGCAGCAGCAACAUUCGGAAAAAUUCACCAAUAACAACAACCCCAUGUACUACUCAGGCCAGAUACACAUGCACCACAACAUAGAGAAGAUUCAGGAUGGUCCAUGCCUGGCUCAGCAGCACCUGACAGGGAUAGACCCUAAUACCAAGCCCACAUUGAUGGCCUACACGGACCCUGCACCCAUGUCCAACGCCUUAGAAAACCUGGACUUGGAGAACGCUCAGAUUGACUUUGCUUCCAUCAUUGAUGACCCAGAACCUUCAUCUUACAGUCCAAUAAACCCACCGCUGGGUCACCACCAGUGCUCCUCUCAGACCUCCUCCCGUCUCACCACACCCCAAACCUCCAUCACCCUUCCAAGUGGCCUUUCCAAUAUGGCAGUCGGGGACAUGACCUCAAUGUUGACAUCCCUUGCUGGGGAGAACAAGUAUUUGAACACAUUGUCUUAAAGUGUUUAUACAUAUAAUUUGGCCAAAGUGAGCAUGUAGACUCUAUUGCCCUUUUCGACACUAGAGGUUCCUCUGGACAUCACUUUUCUCACUCAUGCACCAGGUACUGAUGGUUCUGCUGAUGUCCUAACUGGGAUCUCACAGAUUUUGCAUAAUAGUUUUGUAAUUGUGUAAAAUAUGUUGCUUAACAUUACCACAGAGGCCUAAUGACCAUUACUGAAGGGGCAUUCCAGUCACUACUGUGAGACUGUUUAUGAUGGAAAUCUUUGUUUAAAAUGUAAAUAUGAGCUUUGGACUGUAAAUGGUGGCGAGAUAGUAUAAAGAAAAUCUACUUUUUGAUACAUAUACAGACUUUGACUGGCACAAAAGCCACGUGAACUCUACAUAAGAAGACUGAAAUAUUAAGUGAGCGAAUGUGUAAAGGAAGAAGCUGGUUGGCACAUUCUCUAGAAGUAUUGGUAAAGACAGGACUCAAGUGCCUUUGACCAUCGUGGCCUAUUUGAUUCCUCACAGGUGACAAGUUGGAGAAAACUUGUCAGCGGAGACACAUGGACACUCUGACAGAUGGAUAAACUCAGUAUUAAGCCCAAAAUAUACUUCAGUUCAUGAACACUUGGUGUAUGAGUACAGCCAAAUGCAUAGGCUUUCAAAGUAUAUUUUACUUAACAGUGCAUAAAAACACAGGUGGCCGACACAUGCGCACUAGAAAGUUUCAUCUUUGUCGAUGUCUGCGCUAUUCCUCUACAGAAGUUAUGAGCAAUUAAAAAAAAACAUCUUUGUACCCUUUUAAACCAGCAGGCAUCUAUUCUUGUUGCGCCUCCAGUAGCUUGUCAUUCCAUCUCGUUACAACCAGUGUCGCCACCUUGUGGACCAAUUAAUUAGUGCAAAGAAGCUGUUUGCACAAGCUGAGGAUAAAGAGUACAUGCAUAUACAUUGGGCUUAAGAGAAAGAGCGUUCUCACUAAAACGCAUAGCUACCUGUCAAAAUGGCAAAUUACAUAACAGUAUUUUGAAGCCUUGUCAAUUAUCUCUAGGUCUAGACAGGAGCCUUUGAGUCAUUAUAUUCAUUCAAAGUUUUAGUGUUUGUUUUCUGAUUAUUUGACUAGUCUGCUUUCAGACAGAUAUGUUAAAGGGUAACGGCACUGAGUGUUUUCUUUUAUGGUUUCUUUUAGUUUACGCUGCGCUACAUAACCCAAGCUAGCAUGCAUAUGCAUUGCACUGACAACAGCACUGAGCUGAGGAGAAGUGAUUAAUUUUUAUUAAAGGUUGCAUAUAGUAUGAAAGGAACAUACAGUGCAGGUAUUUUUUGUUUUGUUUUAAGUCCUCUGUUAUUUCAACACUUUGUCUAUGUGCCUAACUCAUUUUAAGUAUCAUUUUAUCAUUUAAGUGUUAUCAAGGGCUGCGGUUCGAAUGCAACCCUUUAAAAAUCCCAGUGUUUCCACUUUCUGUGGCAUACCAAAGACGACCGGCACUGAGACGAGUCCACACUUGAUAUUUUUGGUAGACACAACGUCAUGUGCUUCCAUAUUGCUGUGAUAAAGAAUGUAACAAUGUUCUUUUUAUCAUUUCCUCUUUUUUUAAAGAAAAAAAAAAACAUUUUGUGGUUUUUGCAUUUCUGUGUGUUUUUAUAUCUGUCACAGUUCCACUCAAACCUUUUUGCUGGCAAAAGUUCAUAAAGUAGUAACAGAUUUAUGAUAUUAGCAUUUAUCUCAUCUAUUUACAAGGAAAGUAAGUGAUAUUUUUGCGUACCAUUUUCUACAUUUUUGUACAAAAGUACUAUAUUACACCAGUUUAUAAAUAAACAGAGCCUGUGAUGGAAGAAAA